CUGAAGAGUCCCUGCGCAGUGAGCCUGCGGACGGGGCUGGCAGAGCUGCCGCCGCUGUCUGGGUAUGUUGGCGGUGCCCGGGCACCCACUGAGUGCCAUCAGGGGCUGAGCACUGACAGCACAUCUCCUCCUCCUGUAGUGAGUGCCCAGCUCUGCUCCCACAGCAACGAUGAAGCUCCUGCCGCUCGCUGCGUUCCUCCUGCUCGUCCUGACGGCGCUGGAAGCCAGACCGAAGCCUGCAGCCCUGAAGUGCAGGACGGGUCCCCUGGACAUUGUCUUUGUGAUCGACAGCUCCCGCAGCGUGCGUCCCUUUGAGUUUGAGACCAUGCGGCGCUUCAUGAUCGACAUCAUCGGCAACCUGGACGUGGGCCCCAACGCCACGCGGGUGGGGGUGAUCCAGUACUCCAGCCAGGUGCAGAACAUCUUCUCCCUCAAGACCUUCUUCACGCGGGCAGAGAUGGAGAGAGCCAUCAACAGCAUCGUGCCGCUGGCCCAGGGCACCAUGACGGGGUUGGCCAUCCAGUACGCCAUGAACGUGGCCUUCACCGUGCAGGAGGGCGCACGCCCACCCCACAAGAAAAUCCCCCGCAUCGCCAUCAUCGUGACGGAUGGACGGCCCCAGGACCGCGUCUCUGAGGUGGCCGCCCAUGCACGGAACGCCGGCAUUGAGAUCUACGCCGUGGGCAUCCAGCGGGCUGACAUGAACUCACUGCGGGCCAUGGCCUCACCGCCACUGGAGGAGCACGUCUUCCUGGUGGAGUCCUUCGAGCUGAUCCAGCAGUUUGGGAAGCAGUUCCAGGACAAGCUGUGCGGGGUGGACAUGUGCAUGGAACAGGACCACGGAUGCCAGCACAGCUGUGUGAGCACCCCCAGCUCUUUCUACUGUGAAUGCCACCCUGGCUACCAGCUCAACGUGGAUGGAAAGACCUGUUCCCCCAUCGAUGCGUGUGCUGACGGCAGGCAUGGCUGUGAGCACCACUGCAUCAGCACCCGAGGGACAUACUCAUGCCGCUGCCGCGCCGGGUAUCAUCUCAACCAGGACAAGAGGAGCUGCACAAUGAUCGAUUACUGCAGCUUCGGCAACCACAGCUGCCAGCACGACUGUGUGAGCAUCCCUGCCGGGCAUCGCUGCCGCUGCCGCGAUGGCUUCAUGCUUCAGCACGACGGCAAGUCCUGCCGCGCCAUUGACCUCUGCAAUGGGGUGGAUCACGGCUGCGAGUUCAAAUGUGUGAGCAGUGAAGGUUCGUUCCAUUGCGUGUGCCCCGAGGGCCAGCAGCUCCAUGCUGAUGGGAAGACGUGCAACAAGUGUGGGGCCGGACACGUCGACCUAGUGAUGGUGAUCGAUGGCUCCAAGAGUGUCCGGCCCCAGAACUUCGAGCUGGUGAAGCAGUUUGUGAACCGCAUUGUGGAUCUACUGGAAGUGUCCCCUGAUGGCACACGUGUGGGGCUGGUGCAGUACUCCAGCCGUGUCCGCACUGAGUUCCCCCUCAACAAGUACCACAGUGCAGAGGAGAUCAAGGAGGCGGUGAUGAAGAUGGAGUACAUGGAGAAGGGCACCAUGACAGGCUUGGCCCUCAAGCACAUGGUAGAGCACAGCUUCUCUGAACUAGAAGGGGCCAGGCCACUCUCCCACAACGUGCCCAGGAUCGGGCUCGUCUUCACGGAUGGACGCUCCCAGGAUGACAUCUCAGAGUGGGCACAAAGAGCUAAAGAGUCAGGUAUCGUCAUGUUCGCUGUGGGUGUCGGCAAGGCAGUGGAAGAGGAACUGAGAGCCAUCGCCUCUGAGCCGGUGGAGCAGCACUUCUCCUACUCAGCAGACUUCACCACCAUGACCAACCUUGUGGAGAACUUCAAGCUGAACAUCUGCCCAGAGGAGGGCAGAGGGGAGACGGAGAUCCGCAGCCCAUGUGAGUGCGAGGCGCUGGUGCAGUUCCAGACAAACACCGUGGCCAUCCUGCAGAGCUUGACUGAGAGAAUUGCUCAGAUGACAGCCAGACUGGAAGCCCUGGAGAAGCAGAUUGCCCUUAAGAAGUGAUCCUUGCAGCAGGUCACAGGGCUCAGAGGGGACCUACAGUAGCUACGUGGCAUUGUUAUUGAUAGAUUAUGUAAAGCAUCGUUGCUUGUUCUUGUAUCACAAAAUCCCAAGGGGAUGUGGAGUGUAUUAAAAACA